CUGACGUAUGGCUGCCGUGUGAAGACGUAUCUCUUUGACUUUAGCAAAGAUGAUUUCGAAGAGCUACGAGAGUAUAUUUAUGGCAUUGACAUAGGAUUUGCACUGAACAGCGUUGGUGUCGGAAGGGAAAAUUUGGAGCGUUAUGGGGACAACCCACCGGCAGAUCGACAGAUUCUCCAAGUCAACGCUCUCGGAGCAGCUGAGUUCCUCUCGAUGGUUCUGCCGCCAAUGGAACGAUGCGGUGGAGGUCAGAUCGUUGUGCUCUCUUCAUCUCAGGGAAUCAAGCCGAUUCCACUCCUAGCAGCAUACUCCGCUGCAAAGGUAACGGUUUAA